AACAAUUGUAAAAACCUAAAUUUCAAGUUGUGCAGGACUUGAAAGGACGCUUGAGUCAAUAAAUAUACGUGAUUUAAAGUCAAUUGUUAGUCAGCCGCGAGUGUGGUGAGCCGUUUCAGUGUUAAUAGAAAAAUUACAGAAAUAAUUACAAAUAAAAUAUGUUGGAGUGGACGGUCAUAGACCGGGAAUUAAAUGUUCUGACACCGGUUCAACAACCCGAAAACAAUAUAUACAUCGCAUUCGACACGUUCUGCUGGAUCACGUUAUUUCUGGCGACGUUCUUGAGCACUGUUAUGGACACGAAGCUGCUGCUCAUGUCUAUGCGGACCCAGGUGGCAGUGCAACGGAGUUACCGGGAGACAAAUGCCAGGGCUUCUUCCAAUGGUCAGAGGCACCGGAGCUACGACGAAUCGUUGAGCCAAGCUCUUAACGAGGUGUUUCACUCCUAUAUCACUAUGGUUAUUGAUAAUGACUAACAUUUAUACGAUGUAAAACAUUGCAUGAAUUAACCUUUGAAGUACAAUAAUUUACUGACAAGCAGAGUACCAGAUAUAAAAUUCCGUCGAAUAAUGUUGAACAUUUUGGAUGAUAUUUAUGGUAAACAGUAAAUUUUAUAAGAUAAGAAAAUUGGUUGACUGAUUUUAAAUGCCAGUGUCUGUACUCUCUGGACUUAAAAUAAUGACGCUUUGCAUAGUAAAUGUAAUUACAAUGUUAUUAAAGCAAGAAUAAAAAAGUACAAUUGCUACUUGGCCGCUUGAAAAUUUAUAAAACAGUACUAUACGCACAGGCGCCUGAAUCACACUUAUAGAGCAUACUUAAAUAAAGAAUUUUACUGAUUCGAAUGGUAUUAAAAAAAGUAAUCUUAAAAAAAUCGCUCUACCUGAUAGAGAUUACAUCCACGACUGCGCAAUAAGAUUUGAAUGGUUUUAUAAAACACUAGCUGACUCGACAGACGUUGCCCCGUCUUAACUAUGAAUUUGCAGCGCUCAUUCUAUCAAUCACUAACA